ACGCACGCAGGCGACGUCACUCGUUGUCCCACCCACAUAUUUGUGUAAACCACCUUGCAUAUGGAAGUAUGGCGGCCCCAGCAGCAACCCGACGACAAGAGCCCGGCCAGAAGUUCACGUUAACUCCCCUGAGUCUCACAUGAGGGGCGAUGAGUAGACGAGUGAAACCCGGCGGCUCGGCAACGGAGAGCGCAGUGACAGCGAAGCGGCCAGCGGCGGCCUCCACGCGGGCACCACAGCAACCCUUGGCGGCGUCCGGCUGACGGAGGAGUCGACUUAAUUUCUCACUCCAAGUGAAGUCCGCUGGAGGGGGAGAGUGUCUCGGACGCUGAACUUUGCCACAUAGCAACCCGGCGACCGGGAUGAACAAACAUGUUAAAUUUGGAGAUGUUUUUGUAGAGAAAAGUGCUUGGGUGAGGAGGCGACGCGGCCCCCCGACCAACUGUUGAAUGCUCCGUGCGCCUUCUUCAAAGUGGUCCAGAGGCUAACGCGAGCUAGCCUUCAUGGCCCUCUGCAGUUGUAGCUUGUGGUGUUCGGCUAAACUACAGGAUAUCAGUUUGCAACAGCAAAUUCACCAAGCACCCAAAUCCCAUUAAUGCGUGGCAAAAAGAGGCACGUUGGAGAAGCUUGGACCAGCAGAUUUGGUCUGCUAAAUCCAGGAGCAGACACUCCCAGCCAGGGAGAGGCACUCCUACCGUUGCCUCCUCUCCUGAGACCUUCUCGUUGCCUCCUUGCUCGCUGGCCAGUUGUCUGACGACUGAGUCGGGCCCUGAGAGUCCCGACUUUGGCCUGGCACCCCGCCCUUAUGGGUCAGCAGCCAGGGAAGUUUGUCGGCGACCAGAGGAGACCCAGUCUUCCAGCCUUCAUCAAGGGUGUGAAGAGGGAGUCCACACGACAUGGGACUCAUCCUACUAACGUCUUUGCUGUACACGAAGCCCUCCAGAGACCAGACUUUGAGAGUCAAGGUCUGACCGAAGCAGCCCGCUGGAACUCCAAAGAGAACCUCUUAGCAGGACCCAGCGAAAAUGACCCCAAUCUGUUCGUGGCACUGUAUGACUUUGUGGCCAGUGGUGACAACACACUCAGCAUUACUAAAGGCGAGAAGCUGCGUGUGCUGGGCUAUAACCACAAUGGCGAGUGGUGUGAGGCGCAGACCAAAAAUGGCCAGGGCUGGGUGCCUUCGAACUACAUCACGCCUGUUAACAGCCUGGAGAAACACAGCUGGUACCACGGGCCCGUAUCUCGCAACGCCGCCGAAUACUUGCUUAGCUCGGGGAUCAACGGCAGCUUCCUUGUGCGUGAAAGCGAGAGCAGUCCCGGCCAGAGGUCCAUUUCCCUACGCUACGAGGGGAGAGUCUACCACUACAGGAUCAACACGGCGUCUGACGGCAAGCUGUACGUGUCGUCAGAAAGCCGCUUCAACACACUGGCCGAACUGGUGCACCACCACAGCACGGUGGCCGACGGCCUGAUCACCACGCUGCACUACCCAGCUCCCAAGCGCAACAAGCCCACCAUCUAUGGUGUGUCCCCGAACUAUGACAAAUGGGAGAUGGAGCGCACCGACAUCACCAUGAAGCACAAGUUGGGCGGCGGCCAGUAUGGGGAGGUGUACGAGGGCAUUUGGAAGAAGUACAACCUUACUGUGGCCGUCAAAACACUUAAGGAGGACACAAUGGAAGUGGAGGAGUUCCUUAAAGAGGCUGCUGUUAUGAAAGAGAUCAAACAUCCCAACCUGGUGCAACUAUUAGGUGUGUGCACGCGGGAGCCUCCGUUCUACAUUAUCACUGAGUUCAUGACCCACGGCAACCUGCUGGACUACCUGCGGGACUGUAACCGAGAGGAGGUCAAUGCCGUGGUACUGCUCUACAUGGCCACCCAGAUUUCCUCAGCAAUGGAAUACCUGGAGAAAAAGAACUUUAUACAUAGGGACCUUGCUGCCCGCAACUGUCUGGUGGGUGAAAACAACCUCGUGAAGGUGGCAGACUUUGGCCUGAGCAGACUAAUGACAGGGGACACGUACACAGCCCACGCAGGAGCCAAGUUCCCUAUCAAGUGGACGGCUCCGGAGAGCCUGGCCUAUAACAAAUUCUCCAUCAAAUCAGAUGUGUGGGCAUUUGGUGUGCUGUUGUGGGAGAUCGCCACCUACGGGAUGUCCCCUUACCCCGGCAUCGACUUGUCCCAAGUGUACGAGCUGCUGGAGAAGGACUACCGCAUGGACCGCCCCGAGGGAUGCCCUGAGAAGGUCUACGAACUCAUGAGAGCUUGUUGGAGGUGGAACCCUUUAGAACGUCCGUCUUUUGCAGAAACCCACCAAGCCUUUGAGACCAUGUUCCAGGAGUCCAGCAUCUCUGACGAGGUGGAGAAGGAGUUGGGGAAGAAAGGGAAGAAGGUGAUGUUGGGCUCCGUUCAGCAGGCUCCAGAACUUCCCACCAAGACCAGAACUCUGCGUAAAAAUAAGGACAAUCGAGACGGAGAUAGUCCAGACCCCUUGGACCCCGAGAUCGCACUUCCCUCCCCGAUGCUUCCCAGGAAAGAACGCCCCCUCCUGGACGGCAACCUGAAUGAAGAUGACCGGCUGCUUCCCAAGGACAAGGACAAAACGCGUGGCGGUUUUCUGAGCCUCAUCAAAAAGAAAAAGAAGAACGCUCCGGCGCCUCCUAAGCGCAGCUCCUCUUUCCGCGAGAUGGACGUUCACCCUGAUCGGCGGGGUGGGUGUAUGGACCCUCGGGACGCUGACUGCUUCAACAACGGUGGAUCUUUGGCUAUUAACGAUGCCGCGCACGCAAUCGAAUCCUCAAAGUUUCUGGCUACAAAUAAUAACGGCACAAAUGGAGCUCCCACUUACCCAGGACCCUUGUUCCCCCGGAAGAAGGGGGCGCCUGCUGUGCCCGCGCCUAUGAGCAAGGCAGCCGUCACCCCUCCUGGAGAAGAAGAAGUCAUGACGAACUCUAAACGCUUCUUUUGGUCCUCCAGCCUACCGGCUGGGUCAGACGGCACCCAGUGGAGGUCUGUCACUCUCCCAAGGGACUUGGGCCAGAGGCACUUUGACUCUGGUACCUUUGGGGGCAAACCAGCGCUCCCGCGCAAGAGGACGAGCGAGCAGAAAGGGGACGCCGGCUCUCGAAAGGGAACCCUGACUCCACCUCCGCGUCUGCCCAAGAAGGCAGAAGAGUCGCCAGAUGAUGCGCCGAAAGACGCUGAACCGAGUCCAGGAUCCAGUCCUCAGGCUUUAACCCCCAAGGUAGUCAAAAGGCUCGGGCUCCCGGAGAACUCCAAGACGAGCGCUCUGCAUGCUGAGCUUCUCAAGCCCAGUGUCUUUCCGGCGUUGGGAGCUGCCGGAGAUGAGUGCCGGGCCCGACGCAACAAGCACACCACUGACACCCGAGAGAAAGGGAAGUUCCAGAAGACCAAACCCGCUCCUCCGCCACCCCCUGCCAACGCUAAGACGGGCAAGACCUCCCGCAGUCCCGCUCAAGAUCUCCCGUCCCCUUCAUCAGAAAUCAAAGCUAAAGGGCUCCCGUCCACUCCGGAGCCUCAACACGGAACCACUCCCGGCGAGGGGGCCAAGAAGCUGCCCCCGAGCUGCAACUCCAAACCUCAACCACUCAAAACCUCCGCCUCGGCGAGCGGCUCCCUCGGCGGCGACCCGCAGGGCACGCCCGCCGCCUUCAUCCCCCUCGUUAACCCUCGCCGAUCGCUUCGCAAGACUGCUCCACGGCAGGCCUCGGAGCGCACGCCCAACUCUGCCGUGACCCUCGAGAUGGUCCUGGAGGGCGCCGAGCUUCUCCGCGCAGCCAUCGGCCGCAACUCGGAACAGACCGGCAGCCACGGUGCCGUCCUCGAGGCCGGCAAGAACCUGUCCAAGUUCUGCGUCAGCUACGUGGACUCCAUCCAGCAAAUGCGUAACAAGUUUGCCUUUCGCGAGGCAAUCAACAAGCUGGAGAGCAGUCUGCGCGAGCUGCAGAUCUGCCCCACUGCGUCCGGGGGCGCCAAUGCGCAGCAGGACUUCACCAAACUGCUGUCUUCCGUCAAGGAGAUCAGUGACAUUGUGCAAAGGUAGCGGACCAGGCGCAACAUACCUAAGAACUGAAACUUGCCGGCGGUGAUGAGGACGCCGUACUCGAAAUCAUCACUUGUGGCCUUUCCGGAAAGAAACAAAUGAAUUUGUCAGAUACUACAGUUGGUGCAAAUUAAGCGAGUACGACACCGUCGUUAUGCUUGAUAUCAUUCCUCGUGUACUUUCAGGAAAAAAAAGUGCCUCUUUUCAGAGUGAGGUGCAUUUAACUGAGCUCAGAGCAGCCAAAUUCAGUUUGUAACGGUCAAUCCCUUAUGUCAGGGUUUCCCAAACUAAGGGGGCACCCAAAUUGGGUCACAGGAAGGGCAUUUUGAUUUAUGUGUUCUUUAUUGCAAUGUUUGCUCAACCUCUACUGUGUAAAGGCACAUAUUUUAGGAACACUUCAGGGGACACCGGAAAACAAAAGCAUGACAAAAAGUAGUUGCAGUACAUCGAGGGUGCAAACGAAGGUAUGCAGUUUGGAGUUAUCUUUAUUCAUUCAUUUUGUGUGUUAUUUCCGUGUCUAGUACUGGGUGAUAUUAUAUAUUGCCAAAACAAUAAAUUAUUGUCCUAAAUUCUUUCUCCCAUCAAUGUAAUAUUUUAGAAAUUAGCUGUACAGUACUCAACUCCACAGAAAUGAUGCCAGAUGUCCAUAUACCAACACACAAAGCAUGUGAUGUAUCGCCACACAACACAAACAUAUGGUUCGAAUUACAUAUGAUUAAAUACAUUGAUAGAAUGGUUUGAAGCAAAGCAACUCAAAAGUUCCAGAAGACAACAUUUUAGCAUGUUCUGGCACUCAUGGUUAUGCUUAGUUUCUCUAAUAUUAACAAAUGGGUUUUUUCCAUCAUUACCUUGGUUGCCGUUGGUAGAGACCGAUCAAAUGAAAACUGCCAGGCAUCCAUCGCCGUCAAUGGCUGGGAAUGUAAAUGAAAGUGAACAUAGCAACUACACCUACAUUAAGAAACAUGCAAUUUUUUUUCUUAAAAUUUUUUGUCGCAUCAAAAAAUUAAAUUACCGCAAAUGGUGGACUAUUAUAGUGAUAAAUAAUAGCACAUACAGUCAUGGACAAAAUUAUUGGCACUCCUGGAAUUUUUCCAGAAAAUACAGCAUUUCUCACAGAAAUGAAUGCAACUUCAAAUGUUUUCAGUAUGAAUGUGUUCAUUUCUUGGGUGUGGAUCGGAAAAACACAAAAAAAAAGCCACAAUUUUGCACUUCAACUCAAUAUUUGGGUGCGCAUCCUUUAGAAUAAAUCAGAAAGCAAUCGCUUCCAAAAUCCAUCAACAAGUCUCGUGCACCUCUCUGAUGGAAUAUUGGACCACUUUCCUUUUGCGAACUGUUCCAGGUCUUUCAGAUUUGAAGGGUGCCUUCCUGCAACAGGAAUUUUGAGAUCUCUCCAUUGCGUUCAAUACGAUUUAGAUCCGGACUUAUUGAUGGCCACUUCAGAAUUCUCCCUUGCUUUGUCUCCAGCUAUUUCUUGGUGCUGUUUGAGGUAUUUUUGGGGUCAUUGUCCUGUUGGAUCAUCCAUGAUCUCUAAAAGAGACCCAAUUUUCUGACAUUACAUCCUACAUUGCAGCCCAAAACAGUCGCCAUAUUUCAUGACUCCUUGCACACAGUCAAGGCACCCAGUGCCAGAGGCAGCAAAACUACCCCAAAACAUCACUGGACCUCCAGCAUGUUUGACUAUAGGUACAGUGUUUUCUUUGUAGGCCUCAUUCUUUUUUUCUGGCACAAGUCUCCAUUUCUCAGUGCUAUUUGAGGUAUGUUUGGGGUCAAUGUCCUGUUGGAACACCCAUGACAGGCCCAAAACAUUUUGAUAGUCUUCAUAUUUCAUGACUCCUUGCACACUGUCAAAUGGUCCAAAAUUCCAUCUGAGGUGCACAAGACUUGUUGAUGGUCAUAGGAAGCGAUUGCUUUCUCUUAUUCUAAAGGAUGCGCAACCAAAUAUUGAGUUGAGGUGCCAACAAUUUUGUCCAGACCAUUUUUUUGCAUUCCAUGUAAAAUUGUGUACAUUUUGGCUUUUCUUUUAACCAGUUUUGUUUUUCCAAUGCACAUCCAAGAAAUGAACACAUUCAUACUGAAAACAUUUUUAAUAACAUUAAUUUCUGUGAGAAAUGCUGUAUUUUCUCUAAAAAAUUCCAGGUGUGCCAAUAAUUUCAUCCAUGACUGUAUUGUGUUAGAUGUUUUUCAAUAUUGCCCAGAACUACACAUGGUAUUGUGUACAGUAUAUUCACCUAAAUGUCUGAGAGCGAAUAUUUAGUCCUAAGUGAAAGCGUUUAACUAAAUCUUAGUUUUUUUUUUUAGGUUUUAACCUCCUUUAUGAAUAAACAUGGCAGGUAAUUUAACCAGCAACCACUAACUGUGGCAAUUUAAAAAAGACUGACGUUACUGGUGGUUUUGGUUUUAUCCAAUCCUUGUCCAAAUCUGUAAAUUGCUAGUCUUCUAUGCCGUAUUCAAUUCUUCAUCCCAGUCUUAGCCCCUUACACCUGUUGUUGGACAAACUACCUGAAAGUAAGUUGAUAAUAACUCAGUAGAGAUCUUCCAACUGUACAACGUUUGCGCCUGAUGUAAUGUGAUGCCCUGCCUUAUUGUAUUUCGACUAAUUUAGAGUCCCUGGAUGGAACUGAAAAUAUUUGGGAAACCCUGACUCGUGAGAAAGUAUUUUCCUCCCUUCUGCGGGAAUCCCUUUAUUUCCUGGUCUUUUUCCACUACGUCGCCAUACAGUGACGACAGCCAAGAACAGUAAGUUGAGUGUGUAUUUUUAUUUUUUUUUUUAAUACUUUGUGCCUUAAAGACUGAUGUUAAAUGGCCAUACCAAAAAAAAAAAAAAAAUUGUCCUCAGCAUGUACUGAGGAACAUAGUGGACUCUUGACCGGAAUAUGUCCAUUUAUUAAAAGCCAUCAGUAGCAUCUUCAAGACAUCACAAGACUCUACAGUGUUUUUCAGAUUGUGUGAAAGUUUUGGUAGUGUGCAUCUGAAUGAGCAGGUAAGAAAUAUGUACAGUAUUUUUUUUUAGUGUGUGCGUGCAAGAAGUGUCAAGUACGAGUUUUUCAUCUCAUGCCAUACAUGAUCCUCUAAAUUCUAAACUCAAUGAAGUGCGACUCAAAACACAGACGAGAUGUAGACAGGUUAUGUAGAAUUUAUUUUUUCUUUCUGUCUAUGUCUUUUUGUCAUUAAAAUCAAAAUUUAAAAAUCAUAUACACGCAAAAAAAAAAAAAAAAUGCUUUUAAACGUUAGCACGGCUCCUUUCAAAAAUGUAUACAUAUGUACGUUUAUCUUUAGUCGCGGGACAGACAAAAGCAGAAAGUGGUCAUUCAGACAGAGGGGUGCUAAAGACCCUUUAAAAAAAAAUUAAGACCGUAAUGGAGGACUCAAAAUAAAUACAAUUUUGCACAUGAUUAUAAACCUGGCAAAGUUCAGUAGUGUGCAGAUGGAAGGUGGGAUUAAGUGGAUGUGUGUGUGUGUGUCUCCUUGAAAUACAUUUAUUAUUAAUAAUAGAAACUAUGUUACAGAAUAUCCCCCCUCCCCAAGCAUCGACUUACAGGCAACCCGCUACUAACAAAUCAUACUGUACAAUGUCCAGAUCCAACCCAGCCAGGGCAACACCACAGAGUUAAGAUUUAUAUACACAGCCACCCAAUCAGGAGUCACUAUAAUACACAAAACGGGAAACUUUUCAGCUUGUUAAGGGGUAGCGGGGCAAAUGCAGCUGCUGCAUGGGGUAAUAUACAAAGCGGCCUUUUCAGGACCAGUCAAGGUCAUGCUGCUUUUGAAACAAGCUGAUUUGAGCAAGUCAAAUUGCAGGAGUAGAUGAAUACUAAUAAGGCAACAAACAAAAUGGUGCUUAUGAUAUGAGGGUGCAAAUGCUUUCAUUUUAAUUUAGUGACAUUUAUCGAACGGGAGUUCCAACCUCCAUAACGUUCGUGAGGUUGUGAAUGGUUGUUUGCGAGUGUUACUGAUGUGUGAAUCCUCAUUUUGUCUAUACAUGUAGCGACUGACCGAAGAGUAGUCAGGUGUACUUUUGAUUUUAGAAUGGAUUUUUAAAUAUACCCAAGUGUGAUGGACCAGCAAAGGCAUCUGCCAAUGUACAUCUUGCAAUUGACAACUAUUCCAGAGUGUAUCCUUCUGCCCAAAAAGUUCAUUGAACACUAAAUUGUCCAUUGGUAUCAAAGUGAAUGCAUGUCUCUAUAUGCAGUGGCUGACUGGGAACCAGUACAGUGUGUACGGUUUCUCUUGCCAAAGCAAGUUUAGGAUUGUUAAAAGUUUAAAUCGUCUAUGAGAGAAUAUGUGUAAAUGUGCCCUGCCAUUGGCUGGCGACUAGUCCAGAGUGUACCCCGCUUCUCUUGCCAAAGGUUAGCUGGGCUAGGCUAAUGAGGAGGACGUGCUCAAGAAAAGGGAAAAGCAGUGUUUUUCCCCCGUGACAAAUCGAGAGCCAAGUCACACCUUCUUAGAAGAGAUCCCUAAAAUGGCAUCCGCGCCUUCAUUGUCCUGAGCCGACAAAACCAGCCCUCCAGUAAUAGGGAGCACGGGAAAGGGAAUUGGGAUAAUUUAGGUUUGAUUCAUAGAAAAGUUAUUAUUUGGGGCUGUAAAAACAAAAAGAUAAAUGUAAUGAAUAUGGGGUCGUGAGAUGAUAGGAACAAAAAGUUGGAGGGUUACAUAGGAAGAGAGGCAGGGGUGGUGGUCUUGGCUGGAUUUGGUGUGGGAGGGGAUGUUGCUUGGUCAUUAGCAUCCACAGCCUUCUCUCUGAGGUUGUGGUUCGCUGGUUAGCCGGCCACCCUGCGGGGCCGACGGCUUGUGCUGGACGCCCGACUCGGCGGCAUUCAGGUCCAGGCUGCCGUCUUGGAUGUUCUGGUAGAUCUUCUUGGCUGCCUCCAGGAAGGCGUCCUCCACAUUUUCACCCCUGAACAUGAGAUCAAAUAGCUUCAGACUAAUAGGGCAAGACUGAGGUAAGACGUUUAGUUAAUGAGGAUGCGCACGCUUACGUUUUUGCACUAGCUUCCAGGAAGAGCAGACCUGACAAAAACACAUCAGUCACUCAAAAUAGACAUCAUUCCCCAUUGAAAUUAAUGAAAAAUUGAAUGCCAUUAAUCCAUAACCCCCAAAAACUUAAUUGUUGCUGAAACACCACUCUAUUGAACUGUACUGCUUGAAAAAAAAAAAAAUC